AUGUUCUAUGGUGGCCAUAGUGUCUUCUUAAAUUGUCACUUCUUGUCGCGUCACAUGACCUGUUUUGUCCCCGUGACCAAAAUCGCAGGAAAGUUCAAAAAUUUAAGAGGUUCUCGUUGGGAACAACAUAAUAAUGGAUAUUUUGGAUCCGUUAGAUUCUAGUGAAACGGAAAUAGUUGAAUCUAAAGUUCUGAUUGAUGAAGAAAUUAUUGAUAAACACCAUGGCAUGGAUAGUGAUGAUGAGCAAAAUAUGGUUAAUCACUUGUCACCUCAAACAUUACUAGAAACUCCUGGCGAUGAAGUGCAUUAUUCACUGAGGUCACCAGAUGGAAUUGUUACAUAUAGAGUGCUUCAAGUUGAAGAUGAGGGACCACAAAUAGUAACUACUGGAACUGGCUAUCCUAAUCCACAACCAGUUUUACAAAGUAAUUUAAAUGGUCAGCUUUAUGUUAUAGGAAAUAAUGACAUGUUUACAUCACAAUCAGGGACUAGAGCAAUAGCGCCAAGAGCUUCUAUCGUAGAAACCAGUAAUAAUUGUUUGUUGAACAUUAAAAAAAGAGAUGAAAGGAGAAGAGCAACACACAAUGAAGUUGAAAGAAGAAGAAGGGACAAAAUAAAUAAUUGGAUAGCUAAACUGGCUAAAAUAAUUCCUGAGGGAGGUUCUUCAGAUAUUAAAGGAAAUGGUCAUUAUGAUGGCCAAUCAAAGGGAGGAAUUCUUGCCAAAGCCUGUGAUUACAUAACAGAAUUGAAAGAUGUGCAACAACAUUUAGAUAGUUGUCUAAAGGAGAACAAAGCCCAACAGCAAUCAAUCGAAAUAUUAAAACAGAAAACUUUUUCUCUUGAAUGUGAAAAUAGAACUUUGAGGGAGAUGUUGAAAAGAAAUGGUAUUGAAAUACCUGAUAAUGUGAUUUCAUAGUUUUGUAGUUAUUUGUUAAUUAACAAUCACUCAAUUAUAUUUUCCUAAACUCUAGAAAGCUAGAAUAGUAAAAGUGUGAUUAUUGAGAAUUGACAAAUAUCUCCUAUUUAGAGUAAUUUUAAUAGUUCACAGUAUUUUACUUGCAUUGUGUAAUUUAUAUAAAUCUCAAAAAGUAGACCAACAGUCUAUUUAAUUUAUUUAUUUAUUAUUUACAUACCUAUAUUUUUUCAAUGAAAGACAAAUGCACUGGAUAUUCUGAUUUUCUAGAUAUUUAGGAAUACAAUUUAUUGUUAAAAAUUUGGAUCUUAUAUUUUGUUGAAUUAUUUGUUUUAAAAUAAAAAAUGCAAUAUUGAA